CAUUUGUCGACCAAUCAGAGCUGGGUUUACUCCGCUGGGCGGGACUUCGGGCAUCAGGGUUGUUUCCUGGUCGCUGCUAGCAACCCGCCGUCUGGAACUUUGUGUGUCCGUCUUUCCCCGGUUUUCUGUCGGUUUCCAGCGGCGCGGUGUCCGACACAUUACCAAGGAUGAAGCCGCGUCGAGACUGAAAGCAGGCGGGACCGUCGGCACCGCGCUGGCCCGGCUGCUUGGCGCUUCUCCGGGGUUGCAGUCCGGCCUCCGACCGCGGCCGCGAAUCAACUUCAUCUGCCCGCCUCGCUGUGUUUAUUUUAUGAAGAUGGCGGUGAGGAGGACACUGUGAACUAAAUGACUGUCAGAAACAUCGCCUCCAUCUGUAAUAUGGGCACCAAUGCCUCCGCUCUGGAGAAAGACAUCGGCCCGGAGCAAUUCCCAAUCAAUGAGCACUACUUUGGAUUGGUCAAUUUUGGAAACACGUGUUACUGUAACUCGGUGCUGCAGGCGCUCUACUUCUGCCGGCCUUUCCGGGAGAACGUGCUGGCCUACAAAGCUCAGCAGAAGAAGAAGGAGAACCUGCUCACGUGUCUGGCCGACCUCUUCCACUCCAUUGCCACGCAGAAGAAGAAAGUGGGCGUCAUCCCACCCAAGAAGUUCAUCUCCCGGCUACGGAAGGAGAACGAUCUGUUUGACAACUACAUGCAGCAGGAUGCCCACGAGUUCCUCAACUACCUGCUGAACACGGUGGCCGACAUCCUGCAGGAGGAGAAGAAGCAGGAGAAGCAGAACGGCCGUCUGAAGAACAACGGCACCCCCGUCACGUCUGAGCCAGAGAUGGAGAACAAGAUCGAGCCCACGUGGGUCCACGACAUCUUCCAGGGCACCCUGACCAAUGAGACGCGCUGCCUCAACUGUGAAACGGUGAGCAGCAAAGAUGAAGAUUUUCUGGAUCUUUCCGUGGAUGUGGAGCAGAACACGUCUAUAACCCACUGCCUCAGGGACUUCAGUAACACAGAGACUUUGUGCAGCGAAUACAAAUACUACUGUGAAACCUGCUGCAGCAAGCAAGAAGCACAGAAGCGGAUGCGGGUGAAGAAGCUUCCUAUGAUCCUGGCCCUGCACCUCAAGAGGUUCAAGUACAUGGAGCAGCUGCACCGCUACACCAAGCUCUCCUACCGGGUGGUGUUUCCUCUGGAGCUCCGCCUCUUCAACACGUCUGGAGAUGCGGUCAACUUGGAUCGCAUGUACGAUCUGGUGGCGGUGGUGGUUCACUGUGGAAGCGGCCCGAACAGAGGUCAUUACAUCACCAUAGUGAAGAGCCACGGCUUCUGGCUGCUGUUUGACGACGACAUAGUAGAGAAAAUCGACGCCCAGGCCAUCGAGGAGUUUUACGGCCUUACCUCAGACAUUUCCAAGAACUCCGAGUCCGGAUACAUUCUCUUCUACCAGUCCAGGGAGUGAUCCCCUCUCGUCCCACCCCCUCAUGUGUGCCAAUCCUCCCCCAGACGUCUGCUGUCUCUCUCUCGUGGUUGGACUGUUGUCUUUGGUGACCUGCAUCUGGACCGCACUUUACAACAGAAGCAAAAAUGUUCAAACCUUCCUACAGGUGGGAUUUUCUCCAAGGACCCCCAGAAACCUUUCUCCCAUCCUGUCCCUCUCUGAGGAUGGAGACCAACACUGUAUGAAGAAGACAGCAAUAUCUAAUGAUCCUCACAGAAAACUAACAGCAAACAUGAGUUUGAUCAAAAAUAAUCUGAAUUGUUUCACUGCUGAGGUGAGUAACUAAUGACACUACAGUAAAAAUCCAUCAGAGGAAAACCAUCAA